UAUACUGCCGGUUAGAGUCAGACAUGCGCUCUUAAAGAGGGUAGCGCAGGUAGGAGAGAGAGAGAGAGAGAAAGAAAGAGAGAGAGAGAGAGAGAGAGAGAGAGCAGUAAAAGAGCUCGAGGGUGAAAGCCACGCUUCAGUUUGUCGCGUGUCCCUUCGACUGCGAGCACGCAUUCAGAACUUUACUCGUGAACGCGCCAAAAGUGUGUAGGUGAAUGAUAAACGAAGACAAAUAAAAAAUGGACUAAAAAUUUAAAGAAGAGAGAAGACAUUAAAUAAAUAAACGAAACCGCGCAAACAGGGAAAAAAAGGAAGAGGAAGAGAGGAAGAGGCGGAGGCAAUAGUGAAAUAAAAAUUCUAAUCGAUCAAGUUUAGUUUUUAUUUUUUGCGAAAGAGUUUUUGUUGGAAAGGAAAAAACGGAGAUAUAUGAUACCUUAGGAAUGAUUGAAGAGAAUAUGUGAAAUUCGAAUUUUUAUUCGGUAGAGUUUAAUUCGAUGUAUGUAAUUAGAAAUUUUAAAAGGUGAGAGGUAGAGAUAAAGAGAGGAGAGAGAGAGAGAGAGAGAGAGAGAGAGAGAGAGAGGAGGGUAAGAGAGAAGGAAAGAGUUAUAGACGGAACAAAAGAAAAUACAAAUAAUAAAAAGAAGAAGGAAAUAUGUUAGAGAAGAGAAUCCGUAUAAAGUUUAUUUUUAUUUGACGAAGAAACCUUAGUAACAAAAAUAUGAAAUAAAAGCAAACGAGAAGAUCGAAGAAAGAAAAACGAAGAAGUACGAACGAAUGAAUGGUGUAAACAAUAACAAAAGAGAAGAAGAAAAAAAGAAAAAAUUAAAAAAACAAGAAAAUAAUUAAAUAAUUCAAAAUAAAAUGGAAAUAUCGUGAGGCCGCGUACUUCUCAUCCGCUUUAUUAUAACUUGUCGAACUGAAAUUGAAGCGAUUAAAAAAAAGAUAAAAGAGAAAAGCAAAAAAACGAAGGAACGAAACAGAAAAAUAAAAACAGAGAGAGAGAAAGAGAUGGAGAGAGAGAGAAUAUGUUAACCAAAAUGCAAAGAUCGACGAAGACGAGGUUAGAAAGUGAUAAAUCGAAAAGAUCGAUGAGUUCAAUGCGUUUCUUUUCGAUCACUCGACGAUGAAAGAAAAAGAAAAAGAAGAGGAAAAGAGAAGAAAAGAGAAAGAAGUUUGAUAGUUAACCCAUGAAAUAAUAAUAUGGAUCGAAAAGUUUCGUCGUUUCUCGAGGAUUAAUUUUCUUAUCGAUCGAUAUAACGAUAAGAUCAAUAAUAUCGAUAAGAUCUCGUUGCUUCACUUUUUCUUUUCCUUUCUUCGAUAAAGAAGAUAAAAUUAUAUAGAAAGAAAAAAGAAAAAUGACAAAUAUGUAUACAUUUGCAUACAAAUCGAUUGGAAUAAAUUAGAACGAACCUUUUGAUCGUAAUUCUCGGUUUGUUCAUUUAUUUGUUUCUUUAUUUGUUACUUCUCUUUUAAAGAGACAUUUCGUUUCUCUUUCUUUUCUUUUCAUUUUCUUCUUCUUCGUCUUCUUCGUCUUCUUCCUUUUCCUUCUUUUUUCUCUUCUUCUUGCGGAGAUGACGUGGAUAAUGUUCGUUAUGUCACACGACGAUCGGAGAAGAACUAGUCCGUAAGAAGAUCAGAUAAUGACGGAGUCUCCAACACCAUCGACGAGCAAAUGCCACGACGAUAAAUCCGAUAAAACCGAGAAGGCGGUUUUUCUGCAAAUUCAGGAUAUAAACUGUCAAGUAGCACAAUUUCGAGAUCUCCUUAUAAACGUCGGCCAACCACGUGACUGUCCAGAAUUACGCGAGAAAAUUCGAAAAUUGCGAAGAAGUUGCGUCGAAGCUUGCAAGGGAACUUCUCAACUUGUCCUGCCUCAAGUACGAAGUGCGAUGGAUGUCGGAAUACCAGCGGAUAGUCCAAAUUUGGUUUUAUUAUUCUUCGUAACGCAAUUAUUCCUUCGUGAAUUGUCGAAGAGUAAAAAUCUCAUACGAAUUGUACCGAUGGAUAUGUCCGGAUAUUUUGAGAGCAGAGCGGGACCGUCGAAUAUAGGCAACGUUAUCUCUCAGAUCCUGUUAUGCAAGCAGAUCACGCCCGACUUCAACGAGGAGGAAUUGUGCAGCAUCAAAAAGGAUUCCGAAGAGAUAGGUGCACUGAUCGCUGAGUUACAGGAAUUCAUGCCCCAAUCUGAGGCUGAUACAGAAAAAUGUGUGGCCCUACAGGAAGCUGGAAAUCGCGUAAGUCGUAACAAUGGCGGACGAAAAGUAAAUCGAUGGAAUGCCAGCAACAGAUCGCGACAAUCCUCCUACUGUCGCGGUGGCUUCAAGUUUCUCUGUUGUACCGCCAGAACGAAUUACAUUUGAGAUUUGCAGGAUGGGUUAUAGCAGUAAAGGGCUUCCACCUGAAGAACUAUCAAAGAAAAAAAAGAAGAAGAAGAUGUAGAAGCAAUCAACUCUCGUCCAACUUGAUUUCAUUUUUCUUCAUUUUCUUUUUUUUCCUUUUUUUCUGUUCCUUUUUAUCCUUCAUUCACUCUUCGAGUACAUUUCUCACUUCAUAUUCUUUAUUUAUUUAUUUAUUUAAAAAGUAAAAUCUUGAAAUCUUCGAUCCGUUUAAAUAGCUCUUAGUAGACUUUUACUAAAACUCUUGUUUUACUUUUCUUUAUCUUUGGUUUACGCAAAAAAGCUUUGUAUCAUUGAGAUAAUUUCACAUCUAUCGUAUCUUUUUUAUAUUUCAAUGAAUUUAUUAUGUUUUUAUUUGAUUUUUUCUUCUUAACUAUAUGUAUGGUUAACUAUAUAUAAGAACAAUUGAUCGUUUAAUUAUUAAUGAAUUUUUAAUAAUGUUAGUUAAUGUACGUCAUAUGUAAGUACAUAUUUGAAAAUUCGCGCGACUGUAAUCUUGGUUCGUAUUAUCAAGCGACCGACCAAUGAAAAGAGAUCUCGAUUUAAUCCCUAAAAUAGAGAAAAUACGCUGCACUGAAUUUCCCUGAUUUGUAUCUAAAACGAUACUUAUUUUUCUAAUAUUUCGACAAAUUUAUUUUCUUUCUUUUUUAUCUGUAUAUAAAAACAAUUGAUUUUUUAAAUAUUAAUCAAUUAUAUAUAAGUACAUAUUUAAAAAUUUGCGCGAUCGCCAUCUUGAUUUAUAUUGUCAAGAGACCGACCAAUGAGAAACGAUUUCGAUCUAACUCCUACAAUACAAAAAAUACGCCGCACGAGUUUCCCUGAUUUGGAUCUAAAUCGAUUUUACUUUUCUAAUCUUUCAAUGAAUUUAUUAUAUUUCUAUCAGUUUCUUUCUCAUUUAUAUAUAAAAGCAGUUGAUAUUUUAAAUAUUAAUGAAUUUUAAAUAAUGUAUGUUAUAUAUAAGUACGUGCUUGAAAAUUCGCGCGAUCGCCAUCUUGGUUUGUAUUAUCGAGCGACCGACCAAUGAGAAACGAUCUCGAUCUAACCCCUAAAAUAGAGAAAAUACGCCGCAUUCGCGUUUCCUGAUUUGAUCGGUACGGUUAAUAAGUUGGUUAAUUAGAAAACGAGAGGAUGGCCUUCGAUCAAAGAAUAUAAAAAAUAAAAGAAAGAAAAAGCGAGAUCUCCCGUUAAAAAUAAUCUCUGGAUUUAAGUGUCUAAAAAGAAGCAAAUAAUAAAACAAAACAAUGUAAGAAGAAAAAGAAGAAUUGUUGACAGUAUCGUGAAAUUGCCAAGUGAAAAACAGAAUCUCUCUUAAUUUAUGCGAGUAUAUUAAUCGAUAAUUAUUAUCAAUCGAGAUAUUAUAACAAACGCGUUCUAUACUGUAUAAUUAUUAUCGCAUGGUAAAUAUUUCAUGAAAAAAAAAGAAGUGUUAGUGAAAUACUGUGGAAUAUUACGACAAAAAGAAAUAUAUCGAACAUAGCGUAUCACGUUCGAAAGAAGAUCGGGAUAAUAACGACGAAGAAGAAAUAAUUCCAGAGAGAAGAAAAAAAGAAUAAAAAUUCCCCUCCCCUUCAAAAAAAGAAUUAACAAGUAAGUGGACCAAUCGUCGAUUUAUUUAUUCCGAUAUAUAUAUAAUAACUAUAUAUAUAUACAUAUAAAUAUAUAUAUAUGUAUAUAUAUGGUUAUAAUACAUACAGCUUACUAAUAAUACAAAGGGAGAGAAAAAGAAAUUAAUUAAAAAUGACGUAUAUAUCUAAAUAGGUACUACUUAAAUGCAGGUUAGUACAGAAAAAAAUGGCCGUAUCACGUGAUCCUCGUAUCGAUAUUUUAAUAUCGAACGAGCUUCUCGAUCUCGUUUAAUCGUGACUAACUCCGAGGUAUAUAGUGAUAUAUUUAUUAUUAAAAAAAAAGUAAAUGAAUAAAUAAAUAAAUAAUAUAUAUUUAUCGUAUGAUGAAAGAACACGUAGAAAAGUAUUAGACAGACAGAGACAGAGAGAGAAGAAAAGAAAAUACAUAUAAGAAAAAAAAAAAAAGAAAAUUUUUUUCCAGUUUUAUUCUAUAUCGAAAAGAUGAGAAAAAUCGAGUCGUUUAGUCGUAUUUCUUUUUUUAUUUCUUUCCUUUUUUCUCUCACCUCUUCGACAUAAGUGUAUUUUAUUCGUCAGUUUUCCUGUUACUAACAACUUCGAAUAUUCUAUAAUUGCAUAUUACGACUAUGAAUCGAUCGUAUUUAAUCGGAUUAACUCUUGAACGGAAAUAAAAAUAAUUGUAAUCUUCAUAUAAAGUGUACCUGAUGAUGCAGCACCUCGAUAAUCACUGAAAUAACAAUUUUCUCAAUCUGUAUAUCUGUACAUGCAUACAUACAUAUAAAUAUAUAUAAAUAAAUAUAUAUAUUUAUAUGUGUAUGUAUGUGUAUAUAUUGAUUUCGUUACGUACACAAAAAACAUACACAUAUAUACGAACAGAUACAUGCAUACAUACAUAGAUGCCUGUAAUUAAUGUUGGAUUAUAUAAUAGAUAGUCGUGUACAGUGCUUCGAAAAAAAAAAAAUAAAAAAUAUCAGUGAACUUCACUUUUUCGUUAGACGUCGUUUAUCGAAUGUGUAUUGUUAAUGAUACAAACAGGACUUAAAGAAAAAAAAAAGAAAAAGAAAAGAAAAGAAAAAAAAAAGAAGAAAAGAAAACAAAAAGGAAAAAAAAUGGAAUAAACAGGAACACGCACGUGAUAUAGGAUUAACUACACAUAUCAAUUAACAAUGAAUGAAUUAUACUAUUUAAAAAGUUUGAUCAUUUUAUUUCUCUAUAUUACUACGAUGUAAUUAAUCUAUAAUUCACUUAUUAAAAUGUAGUUAUACUAUAUAUUAUAUCUCUUAAAGAUCGGACGUGUUACCGUUUGAUUAAACGAUGUAAAGAAAAUUAUAAAGCAGGUUAACUGCCGACAGAAAAAUAAAUUAAAAUGAUCGGAUAUUGUACAGUACCACCGUACGUAUGAAUUUAAUAUAAUAAUAUUACUGCACAAUAAUAAAAGGAAAAAAAGAGAACAGAAAAUAUUCAUCCGUUUUAAAAAGUUAUCGUUCGAAUGAUCUUAUGUUGUAUAACAUAUGAGAGAGCAAUUAAGUAAAAUUGUACGAAAUGUAACAUACGUUGUGGAAUAAUAAAAUCAAUUUGUCAGAAUAUAAAUAA